UAGAAGUGUAGUGAUCUUGAAUGUUAAGUGUCACACUAUUCACCAACAGUCGGUUAUCCUUCGACACCUGUGCAACAACCACGUUCGUCUCAUACCCCUUCUGCCAUAGGCGGUUUGACUUGCGGCACACGUCUCUACUAUCAAUCUUAUCGACUGCAUCAGCCGACGCUGGGCCUGUCGAUGACGUUAGCUCACACGCGGAAGCCUCCACACCAAUGGCACAACGGGCACAGAGAGUGCGUAUAAUCCGAAGGGUGUCAUAAGUAGAGUGUUGUUGUCCCCUGUUGCGACAAAAUAAAACAACAGCGCGUAUCCUCCUCCUCCCGUCCACGUAUGAUCUCUUCCAAUCUUCCCCUAAGGCAUCACCACCGUGGCGGCACGUACCCGAGGACUCAACGUCGAAGUGGAUCAGACGCGCGCUGGUGUGCUGCUCGUUGUGUCAGUACGGAGAUAGUACCCGGUCAGAACGGUUCGUUCUUACUGCUCGGAAAAUGCAACUGCUCAUUGCGAUCUUCUUGCUACUUGUGGCUGUUGGUGGUAACUUCACGCACGCCUUCGACUAUUGUGCUGCAUCGAAAGAUCUCUGUCCCGUGCCCGGUUCGCAGCAUGUCGUUUGCAAUGGGAGGCAAUUUGCACCCGCUUGCAAAAGUCCCAAGCUUAUCAAGAUGAAACCCGAAUACCGGGCACAAAUACUGGAGUUUCACAAUCGAUUGCGAAACAAUCUUGCCUGCGGAUACUUUCACCGGUACGCCGAAGCGAGUUCGAUGGAGGAGCUGCACUGGGACAAUAAACUGGCCCGCAUAGCCGAGUACAAUGCAAGGACGUGCAGCUUCGAGCACGAUGAGUGCCGAAACACGCGCAGAUAUCGUACCGCUGGUCAGAAUCUUGCCAUCAAUUGGUUCUACGGCAUGAACGUGACGGUGGCGCAGGCGUUGGAUAAGUUCCAGCGCCACUGGUUCCUGGAGUAUAGGAAAGGCCGCCAGAAGAUGCUCGACCGCUACACCAAACUCUCGAUACAGGCCGGUAUAGGACACUUCACGCAGAUGAUACACGCCGACACGCAGUACGUUGGCUGUGCGAUGGUACGCUUUCAAGGCAUCCAGCAAGGUUUUCCGGUGACACAGUACUAUCUGGUGUGUAACUACUCGGUGGGCAAUCUGUACGAGCGACCCGUCUAUCGAAAAGGUAAACGGUGCAGCAAGUGUAAGUACGGAUGCUCGAACGACACGUCCUACCGAUGCUUGUGCCGUUCGUCCGUGCGGAACUAGCAAAGUGUGCGGAUGAAUGUGUACUACCUACUUUGGGGAGAUCUGUGUCUGAACAAGGAGAGGAUCAUCGGUAUCGAUAGGCUCUGGCGAGGAACUUGACACCACUGUAGUGAAAGGUCGGUAAAGUUCAAACGAUGCUAUUGAACAAAUUUAAUCAUAGUUUUUUUGCGUAUAUAAAUCAAAACUCUUCUUAAGUGUACUUCAAUAAAAAUAACCUCCGUCCAGUAAUAAACCUUGUAAAAGCUUUAAGCAGUACUUUGUCCCUCUUGUGUCUAUAGUAACAGAUACGUUCACUGGUGAACCUAAAUCCAACAUGCUUCAAAAGAUAAGCACUCACGAUGCGCUACGUCCAAGUCUUCACGGGAGCGCCACCCAAACCCACUUUUGCAAUGGCGCAGAAAGUGUGCACAACAAUCUGCAGUACACUCCUAUGCAACGUACUAACGGCCAACGUUAAUUGCACCACUGCUCUUUUCUAUCAUGUUUAACUCCCGCCUUGAGAUAUACCUUUUUGCAUUAUCCGCAACGUGUUAUUGUUCCCCAGGAUUGCCGGAAACCAGAUGAGAUAAAUCACCACCCCCAGAGUGUGCAAACAUAUGACUCACCGUCGCGUGUUGUAUAUAUGUGAGGACGGUUGUGUGCUACACGACACGUGUGGGGUAUGUUAUGAUGAGAAAAGCACAAUGAAUUUUAAUUAUCAGUGCGCGCGAACAUUAGUUAAGAAUGAGUUAUGUUACUGGUGGGCCAGAUUCGUCACCAUCAGCAUAUAAAUGCGUUUCACAAACGCAUUUUCAAAUGAAAAUAGAUAAACGCAAAAACACACAUACGCUUCAUACUGUAAAGCACACAUCCAGACAGGUAAACAAAACAAUAAAUUAGUACAAACACACCAACGCGUACAAUGGAACAUGCUGAAAACGCAAUAGAUGGGAAAUAAUUAUUCAAAAGUAUUAAACACGUAAAC